UGCUGGCACAUUUAUCAUUUGGAAUAAAUUUUCAUUUCUGUCAUAUUUGCAGUUAAACAUUGUUUACAAAACUUUCUUUUUAUUCUCUUCGUUUUGCAAACAAGAAAAUUGGAGCCAAGACAUUUUUAAGGAAGUGAAAUUAUGCUGCAUGUCUCUGUAAGACACUUUAGAUUUGUGCAUUUUGUAGCAUUUCUGGCCCGUUGCAUAAUUUAAUUAGCUUAAUUAAAUAACACUGAACAGGGCUUUUGUAAGACAUGCAGCUUUCACAGUCAUCAAGAAAUAUCAAACUGUUUUCUCACACUGAAUGUGAUUUUUUUGCAUUCAUCAGUGUGCUCAUUGAAGAUUUGUAAGAGAAUGUGUUGUUCAAAAAUUAGACAACAGUCACGGGACACACAGGACAGUUUGCAAAAUGCAUUUUUAUGAGAUCUAAUUUUAGAAAAGUAUUGCAGACGUGCCUCUUGUCUUUAGGUUUGGUGCCAGAUAAUGAUGCAGUGAAAAGUUUAAAAAUCUCCUCGUGUUGAUUUCUUGCCAUAUUUGCCAUCUGUUCAGUCUGACAAGGCAGCUGUUUUCUUCUGUCUUCAUCGAGUCUUCAGUUUCCUCAGACAUGUAGAUUGAUGGAGCAGCAGCUAAUGGUGGGUGGUUGCCCACCCAUAGUGGACACAUCACACCUUUGAGUUUACGCCCAUGAGACGGCAAACUGUCCCUUCCAGUCUGGCUCGAAUAGUGUCACAUGACACAGCCAGGUGUGUGUGCCAGCCUGGGGUCAGGGGUCAUGCUAGUGGUAAUGAACACAACUGGCUACCCUCCCCUUUGGAACAGUUUUGCUUCUUGAUGCCUUUUGUAAUUCAUAGUUUCGCCUGGUCGGGCUCUGCUAUGUCUCAGUCAUUAACCAUUCUUCCUGCUCUUUUUCAUAAUCCAAAGUCAAUCAUGCUUCUGCCAUAUACAGGAUUAUUGAUGCUGUUAUUUAAUGACUGUCAGGAUAUCUGGCAUUUAUCAGUGAUUUAUAGUCGAUGUGAGGAGCUCAUACUGGGAAACAUGCUUUAUAUUUACAGUUUGAUUUGAUUUCCCUCUUCCAGGGCUGUCAUAAAUUACUGAAAUCUCGUGGAACGAGUCGCUGUGAAGCUUUAUAAAUCCCCCUCUGGGAGGAGGCACAAAGAGUUGGUGGAGGAGGCCGUGCUUUGAAAAAGGACGAUCUGUAUGCAAGUUCAGAGGGAGACGGCAUCCUCGACUCGUGACACAACCUCACAGGAAUUGCUCGAAUGUUGCUGGCUUGCUGUGUGAGGCAGCUUACCCUGCUCUCCAUUAGCCUCUGCCUCUUUGGAAAGGUUUGUCAUGGAUAUUUAAGGUGGUUUUGCGAAGGAGAGAAGAAAGAAGAUUUGUUUAUUCGCAGCAGGACUUAAGCAGAUAAAACAAUCCGAAUCAGACCAUUUUUGGCGCAUGCUAGCAAAUCCCGGUUGUCUCUCUGAGAUGGAUGUGUCCCGCCCCCGGUCCAGAACCAUGGGACUAAUUGAACUACGCAUUUUACUCCAGAGCUCCUCAUGGGAGUGUGUGACUAUUCAUUUGGAUACUUUAAUUUUUUUCCAGAAAUGUGGAGGGGGGAAUUUAUCGACGCUCUUCUAAUGAGUGCGUAGGCUGGUGAGGUCAUCAAACAUCCCACCAAGAUGGUGGCCCUGUCGUUGAAGAUUUGUGUGCGCCAGUGCAACGUGGUGAAGACGAUGCAGUUCGAGCCGUGCACCCCCGUGUACGACGCCUGCAGGAUCAUCAGGGAGAGAGUUCCAGAAGCCCAGUCUGGACAAGCCUCAGAUUACGGCCUGUUCCUGUCUGACGACGAUCCCAGGAAGGGAAUCUGGCUGGAGUCUGGAAGAACGCUGGAUUAUUACAUGCUGAGAAAUGGAGACAUUUUGGAGUAUAAGAAGAAACAAAGGCCUCAGAAGAUCAAAAUGCUGGAUGGUGCCGUUAAAACCAUCAUGGUGGAUGACUCCAAAACAGUCGGGGAGCUGCUUGUCACUAUAUGCAGUAGAAUAGGAAUUACCAACUACGAGGAGUACUCCCUCAUUCAAGAGGUGACGGAGGACAAGAAGGAGGACAGCACCGGGACGCUGAAGAAAGACAGAACCCUGCUACUACGAGAUGAGAGGAAAAUGGAGAAGCUCAAAGCCAAGCUCCAUACGGAUGACGACCUGAACUGGUUGGAUCACAGCAGGACGUUCAGGGAGCAGGGAGUGGAGGAAAGUGAGACGCUGCUGCUCAGGCGCAAGUUCUUCUAUUCGGACCAGAACGUGGACUCGCGGGACCCCGUCCAGUUAAACCUGCUGUAUGUCCAGGCGAGGGAUGAUAUAUUGAAUGGCUCCCACCCCGUCUCCUUUGAUAAAGCUUGCGAGUUUGCGGGGAUUCAGGCUCAGAUCCAGUUUGGACCCCACGUGGAGCACAAACACAAGCCUGGAUUUUUGGACCUGAAGGAGUUCCUACCUAAAGAGUACGUCAAGCAGAGAGGGUCCGAGAAGAAAAUAUUCCAAGAUCAUAAAAACUGUGGAGAAAUGACAGAAAUUGAGGCCAAAGUGAAGUACGUGAAGCUCGCCAGGUCUCUGCCGACGUACGGAGUGUCCUUUUUCCUUGUUAAGGAAAAGAUGAAGGGUAAAAAUAAGCUGGUGCCAAGACUGCUGGGGAUAACCAAAGAGUCUGUGAUGCGAGUGGACGAGAAGACCAAGGACGUGGUGCAGGAAUGGCCUCUGACAACCGUCAAGAGAUGGGCGGCCUCUCCCAAGAGCUUCACCUUGGAUUUUGGAGAGUACCAAGAAAGUUACUACUCUGUCCAGACUACAGAGGGAGAACAGAUAUCCCAACUUAUUGCUGGAUAUAUUGACAUCAUUCUUAAAAAGAAGCAGAGUAAGGAUCGCUUUGGCCUCGAAGGAGAUGAAGAGUCCACGAUGCUGGAGGAAUCUGUUUCCCCUAAGAAAUCCACAAUCUUGCAGCAGCAGUUCAACAGAGUCGGUCGCGUGGAGCACGGCUCAGUGGCGCUUCCUGGCAUCAUACGGUCCGGCUCGAUUGGCGGCCCUGACACUUUCAAUAUGGGCUCCAUGCCCUCUGCCCAGCAGCAAAUCACCAGCGGGCAGAUGCACAGAGGACACAUGCCUCCGCUGAGUUUAGCUCAGCAGGCUUUAAUGGGAACCAUCAACAGCAGUAUGAAGGCUGUGCAGCAGGCGCAGGCUGACCUGGGACAUGUAGAUCAUCUGCCUCCAUUGGGCCACGAUUUGGCAUCCAGGGUUUGGGUUCAGAACAAAGUGGAUGAAUCCAAACAUGAAAUCCACUCUCAGGUUGAUGCCAUCACUGCUGGAACAGCUUCUGUGGUCAAUCUCACAGCAGGUGAGCCGACGGAGACCGACUACACGGCAGUGGGCUGCGCCAUCACCACCAUCUCCUCCAACCUCACAGAGAUGUCUAAAGGAGUCAAGCUCCUGGCUGCAUUAAUGGACGAUGAGGUGGGAAGUGGACACAAGCUGAUGGGUGCUGCCAGGAUGCUGGCAGGGGCUGUGUCAGAUCUCCUCAGAUCUGUUGAGCCUGCAGCCGCUGAGCCCAGACAGACGGUGCUGACUGCAGCAGGAAGCAUUGGACAAGCCAGCGGGGACCUGCUCCGUCACAUGGGGGAGGGCGAGACUGACGAGAAGUUCCAGGACACCCUGAUGAAUCUGGCCAAAGCGGUGGCCAAUGCAGCUGCUAUGUUGGUCCUGAAGGCCAAGAACGUGGCCCAGGUGGCUGAGGACACCGUGCUGCAGAAUCGAGUGAUCGCAGCAGCCACUCAGUGUGCCCUGUCCACCUCGCAACUGGUUGCAUGCACCAAGGUGGUGAGUCCAACCAUCAGCUCCCCGGUGUGUCAGGAGCAGCUUGUCGAGGCUGGGAAGCUGGUUGACCGCUCAGUCGAGACCUGUGUGAAAGCCUGCCGCUCGGCCAGCGACGACAGCGAGCUUCUGAAACAAGUCGCAGCGGCAGCUGGCGUGGUGAGCCAGGCGCUCAGCGACCUGCUGCAACACGUCCGCCACUACGCCAGCUGCGGCGAGCCCAUCGGACGCUACGACCAGGCCACAGACACCAUCAUGAACGUGACUGAAAACAUUUUCACGUCCAUGGGCGAUGCUGGCGAGAUGGUGCGCCAGGCUCGGGUGUUGGCCCAGGCCACUUCUGAUUUGGUGAACGCCAUGAGGUCGGACGCAGAGGCCGAAGUCGACGUUGACAACUCCAAGAAACUCCUCGCUGCAGCCAAACUCCUGGCUGAUGCCACUGCUCGCAUGGUGGAAGCUGCCAAGGGGGCAGCUGCUUACCCAGAGAAUGAGGACCAGCAGCAGAGGCUGAGGGAGGCGGCCGAGGGGCUUCGUGUUGCCACUAAUGCUGCAGCUCAAAACGCCAUCAAGAAAAAACUAGUCAACCGGUUGGAGAUAGCUGCUAAGCAGGCGGCGGCUGCUGCGACUCAGACCAUCGCAGCUGCUCAAAAUGCUGCUGCAUCCAACAAAAACACCGCCUCACACCAGCAGUUGGUGCACAGCUGCAAGGCGGUAGCAGACACUAUUCCCCAGUUGGUGCAAGGGAUGCGGAGCAGCCAGGCCCAGCCUGAGGAGCUCGGCCCACAGCUCGCUCUCAUCAUGGCUAGUCAGAGCUUCUUGCAGCCUGGAAGUAAGAUGGUGACGUCUGCAAAGUCAGCAGUUCCAACAGUGGCUGAUCAGGCUGCUGCUAUGCAACUGGGCCAAUGUGCCAAGAAUUUAGCAACCUGCCUGGCAGAACUCAGGACUGCCACACAGAAGGCCCAUGAAGCCUGUGGCCCUCUGGAGAUCGACUCGGCCCUCAAGACUGUACAAACGCUGAAAAGUGAGCUUCAGGAUGCUAAAAUGUCAGUAAUCGAUGGGCAGCUUAAACCUCUUCCUGGAGAAACGCUGGAAAAGUGUGCUCAGGAUUUGGGAAGCACAUCCAAGGCGGUUGGCUCCUCCAUGGCUCAGCUGCUGACAUGUGCUGCGCAGGGCAACGAACAUUACACAGGGGUUGCUGCUCGAGAAACGGCGCAAGCUUUGAGGACGUUGGCGCAAGCAGCACGAGGUGUGGCAGCUAGCACCAAGGAGCCUCAGGCUGCAGCUGCAAUGUUGGACUCAGCCCAGUAUGUGAUGGAGGGUUCGGCCAUGUUGAUCCACGAGGCGCAUCAGGCUCUGGUUCACCCAGGAGAUGCGGAGAGUCAGCAGAGACUGGCACAGGUGGCCAAAGCCGUGUCGCACUCCCUCAAUAACUGUGUGAAUUGCCUGCCAGGCCAGAAGGACGUCGAUAUGGCUCUAAGGAGCAUCGGAGAAGCCAGCAAGAAGCUACUAGUUGACUUUCUCCCUCCCUGCAAUAAGACAUUCCAGGAGGCCCAGACUGAUCUGAACCACACAGCAGCUGAACUGAACCACUCAGCAGGAGAGGUCGUCCACUCAUCUCGUGGAACAAGCAGCCAGCUGGCUACAGCCUCAGGGAAGUUCAGCCAAGACUUUGAUGAGUUCCUGGAUGCUGGCAUAGAGAUGGCAGGACACACCCAAAGCAAAGACGACCAGAUCCAAGUUAUAGGAAACCUCAAGAACAUCUCUAUGGCUUCCAGUAAGCUGCUGCUAGCUGCCAAGUCUCUGUCUGUGGACCCAGGUGCUGCUAAUGCAAAGAAUCUUCUAGCUGUGGCAGCAAGGGCAGUGACAGAGAGCAUUAACCAGCUGAUAACGCUCUGCACCCAGCAAGCAGCAGGACCAAGGGAGUGUGACAAUGCCUUGAGGGAGUUGGAGGCUGUCAGAGGUCUCCUAGGCAACCUCAACGAACCUGUGAAUGAGCUCUCCUACUUUGACUGUAUUGAAAGCGUCAUGGAGAACUCUAAGGUUCUGGGAGAGUCGAUGGCAGGCAUUUCCCAGCACUGUAAAACAGGCGAUGUGUUAGCCUUUGGGGAGAGUGUGAGUUUAGCAUCCAAAGCUUUAUGUGGGCUGACAGAGGCUGCGGGACAGGCCUCGUAUCUCGUGGGUGUGUCCGAUCCCAGUAGUCAUUCUGGUCAUGAAGGUCUGGUGGACCCCAUUCAGUUUGCACGGGCCCACCAAGCUAUACAGAUGGCAUGUCAGAACCUGGUGGAUCCAGCCAGCAGUGCUUCACAGGUCUUGUCAGCAGCAACCAUCGUAGCCAAGCACACCUCUGCUCUCUGCAACGCCUGCCGUCUAGCUUCUUCUAAAACCUCCAAUCCCGUGGCGAGGAGGCAGUUCGUCCAAUCAGCCAAAGAGGUGGCCAACACCACGGCCAACCUCGUGAAGACCAUCAAGGUCAACUCCCCAACUGAUCAAAACGCUCUAGACGGGGAUUUUUCUGAGGAGAACAGGAACAAGUGCCGUGCUGCUACAGCUCCACUCCUCGAGGCUGUAGAAAACCUCUCAACCUUCGCCAACAAUCCUGACUUUGCAAGCAUCCCACCUCAGAUCAGUAAUGAGGGCUCAGCAUCUCAGGAGCCUAUUGUGCGUUCAGCCCGCUGUAUGCUCGACAGCUCCACUUACCUUAUAGAAACAGCCCGCUCACUGGUCCUCAACCCCAAAGAUCCCCCUACCUGGUCCAUUCUAGCCGGGCACUCCAGGACGGUUUCAGACUCCAUUAAAAGUCUCAUCACCUCUAUUAGGGACAAGGCACCAGGUCAGCGAGAGUGUGACUACUCCAUUGAUAACAUUAAUAAAUGUAUCCGAGACAUUGAGCAAGCUUCUCUGGCUGCUGUUGGGCAGACCCUGCCCUGCAGAGAUGACAUCUCCAUGGAAGCACUCCAGGAGCAGCUGACGUCCUCUGUGCAGGAGAUUGGUCAUCUGAUUGAUCCUGUCUCCACAGCAGCACGAGGCGAAGCUGCCCAGCUAGGACACAAGGUGACCCAGUUGGCUAGUUACUUUGAUCCACUGGUUGUGGCAUCAGUGGGCCUGGCCUCAAAGCUGCAUGACCACCAACAGCAGAUGACCAUCCUAGAUCAGACCAAGACCUUGUCUGAGUCCGCCCUUCAGAUGCUCUAUGCGGCCAAGGAAGGCGGGGGGAACCCAAAGGCGUGCCACACUCAUGAUGCCAUCUCAGAGGCGGCACAGCUAAUGAAGGAGGCUGUGGACGACAUCAUGGUGACGUUGAAUGAGGCAGCGAGUGAGGGGUGGGAUGGUUGGGGCAUGAUGGAGUCCAUCGCUGAGUCCAUCGGCAGGUUGGAUGAAGGAACUCCUCCAGAACCCGAGGGUUCCUUUGUGGACUAUCAGACCACGAUGGUGAAGUUCUCAAAGGCCAUCGCCAUCACUGCACAAGAAAUGAUGACUAAAUCAGUCACCUGUCCCGAAGAGCUCGGUGGUCUUGCCUCUCAGGUGACAGUGGAUUAUGGGCAGCUGGCGCACCAGGGCCGCCUGGCUGCAGCCACUGCAGAGCCAGAGGAGGUUGCUUUCCAGAUAAAGACGCGGGUGCAAGAGUUGGGUCAUGGCUGUAUUUAUUUGGUCCAGAAGGCUGGAGCUCUGCAGCUUAGCCCCACUGAUAGCUUCUCCAAGAGGGAGCUCAUUGAGUGUGCAAGAGCAGUCACAGAGAAGGUGUCCUUGGUGCUGUCGGCACUGCAGGCAGGAAACAAAGGCACGCAGGCCUGCAUCACAGCCACCAGCGCCGUCUCUGGGAUUAUCGCUGACCUGGACACCACCAUCAUGUUCGCCUCUGCUGGAACACUGAACCCUGAGAACGAGGAGUCUUUCGCCGAUCACAGGGAGAACAUCCUGAAGACAGCCAAGGCUCUGGUAGAGGACACCAAACUGCUGGUUGCAGGAGCUGCAUCCACCCAGGAGAAACUGGCUCAAGCUGCUCACUCCUCAGCCAAAACCAUCACUCAGCUCACAGAGGUGGUCAAACUGGGAGCAACAAGCAUGGGAUCGGAUGACCCCGAGACUCAGGUGGUUCUGAUAAAUGCGGUGCGGGACGUGGCUAAGGCUUUGGCUGAACUCAUCGGUGCCACCAAAUGUGCCGCUGGUAAACCGCCCGACGACCCGUCUAUGUAUCAGCUGAAGAGCGCCGCCAAGGUCAUGGUGACCAACGUGACGUCUCUUCUGAAAACAGUGAAGGCGGUGGAGGAUGAAGCCACUCGUGGGACCAGGGCACUGGAGGCCACCAUAGAGUUCAUCAGGCAAGAGCUGACUGUGUUCCAGUCUAAGGACGUCCCAGACAGGUCCACUACACCUGAGGAGUUUAUACGCAAAACAAAUGGCAUCACCAUAGCGACAGCCAAGGCAGUGGCAGCAGGCAAUUCGGCGCAGCAGGAGGACGUGAUCGCCACGGCCAACCUGAGCCGCAAAGCCAUCUCUGAUAUGCUGGCUACCUGCAAGCAAGCAGCCCAUCAUGCUGAAGUGAGUGAGGAGUUAAGAAUCAAGGCCUUGCAGUACGGCACGGAGUGCACCGCCAAAUACAUCAACCUUCUGGAGGAAGUGCUGCAGGUGCUGCAGAGACCCACACCGGAGCAGAAGCAGCAGCUGGCUGGACAUUCGAAGCAUGUGGCUGCGUGUGUGACGGAGCUCGUCCAGACAGCUGAGGCCAUGAAAGGAUCUGAGAGCGUGGACCCUGAGGACCCCACCGUCAUCGCUGAGACCGAGCUCCUCGGAGCCGCAGCGUCCAUUGAAGCUGCGGCCAAGAAACUGGAGCAGCUCAAACCCAGGGCCAAGCCCAAGCAGGCAGAUGAGACAUUGGAUUUUGAGGAGCAGAUCCUAGAAGCAGCAAAGUCCAUCGCUGCAGCGACUAGCGCCCUUGUAAAAUCAGCCUCCGCUGCUCAGAGAGAACUGGUGGCACAAGGAAAGGUGGGGUCCAACAUUGCCAAUGCUGUGGAUGAUGGUCAGUGGUCACAGGGACUCAUAUCAGCUGCUCGUAUGGUUGCAGCAGCCACCAGCAGCCUGUGUGAAGCAGCCAACGCCUCGGUGCAGGGCCACGCCAGCGAGGAGAAGCUCAUCUCUUCAGCCAAGCAGGUUGCUGCUUCCACAGCUCAGCUGCUGGUAGCCUGCAAGGUGAAAGCCGACUGCGACUCUGAAGCCAUGAGAAGACUACAGGCUGCUGGUAAUGCUGUAAAGCGAGCUUCAGACAAUCUGGUCAAAGCGGCUCAGAAAGCAGCAUUUGACAAGACAGAAGAUGACAGCGUUGUGGUGAAGACCAAAUUCGUUGGAGGCAUUGCUCAGAUCAUCGCAGCUCAGGAGGAGAUGCUUAGGAAGGAACGGGAGCUGGAGGAGGCUCGGAAGAAGCUAGCUCAGAUCCGACAGCAGCAAUACAAGUUCCUACCCAGCGAACUGAGGGAGGAUGAGGGCUGACCGAGGGAGCACACAGUGUGUGUGCUGAAGACUUGCUGACGAGACUCUGAAAAGGUUAAUGAAAAAUAUACAGCACUUGAAGAAGGCUUGUUUGGUGAGAAAAAAAAAACAAGUGCCUGUGCUCUGUAGUGUUUUUGUGUGAGUGUAAGUGUGUGUGGUGUGUGUAUUUGUCAGUGAAUGGCAUCGACAUUUAACAUGAAGGUUAUUGUUUGUAAACAGAGUUUUUUUCUUGACUCUGUGGGUGUUAGUGCAUCACGCACACAACCGACUGUUACAGACGUGAAACAAAUUCAUCUAGAAUCACCGAAUGAAGAAGAAGAAGAGGAUGUUCUGUAAUUGUCUAAACUUUUAGAGCAAAGAGGGUGGAACCCAAAUUUUCUGCAACUAACUUGCGUUUUAUCCUUAAAGAACUCCUUAAAAGCAGCAAGGAAGCAUGCACUAUAAUCUCAACAUUAACCAAUGAAAAGUCUCAAAUAUUCACCAGGUGACUGCAGGCAAACCAACAACUUUAUUUUUCUUUUUUUCUCUAGAAUCUUUACUCAGAGUUGUUCUUUUUGAUGCCAAAAACUGAGAGACAGUGAGACAAACCAGUUAAAUACAAAUCAUAAUAACGUCACUGACCAAAACUUAUUAUAUAUUAUUCAUAAAUAUAAGUAUUAUCAAUCCUUUUUUACAAAUUCCUAUAAGAGGUGUAAAGUGUAUUACUCAGAGAACCUGGAUGAAAUGUGACCAAAAAAGAGGAAAAGAAAUAUUUUGCCUCAUGUAUAUUAUUCCAGUCAGUACUAUCCCACUAAAUGCAGAGAGCUCAUACACGGUGUGUUUACAUUAAUGGACAUGUAUCUUGAAUUUAUUUCUAUGCCCACUUACACUAGCCAUAUGCUCUCUGUACCACUCACACACACACACAGUCACUGCCUUGUCUCUGUAAUAUGUAUAUUACACUGAAUAUUCUAGCAAUGUAACGAGAAAAAUGAGUUGUGUGCAAUGAUUCUGGGCUUCAGGCUCCUGACUGAAAUUCAUUAUGCUCUGAUUAAUUUUUUCUACUGAAAAUGUCAAAUUAAAGCUUACAUUCUAAGAAAUAAGAUGAGGAGAAAACUUCAAGCUCUGAUUGAGUGUUUGCUAUAUUAAUGAAUAUUAUAUAUUAAAAGUCUCCUCCCUCUGUCCAGUGUGUCUGGUCUGCAUCGUGCCUUAUGAGUCUGCCCUGCAAGCAGCUGAAAAAUCAGACUGGGUCAUCCUCUCCGGAUCGGGGUCCUAUAACUUUGCCAUACAGUAUAACGCAUACCUGCCAUUGGGUUUAUACUGCCCAUACUAAAGAGCAUCUGUGGAUACUUUAGGAUUUAGAGACUAGUGCUAGGCUGCGUUCAAUGAGCAUGUGGUAAUUUGUAUCUGAAGCUGAGAAAUUGUUUAAAUUAAUCAAAUCCCGCUGAAAGCUGAGUGACUUCCUUGUUGCAUCAUCUAACCACUAUAUAAAAAGUUUUUAUUAUAUAAAUGUAAAAAUUAAUCUGAAAUCUAUUGAUCUGUUGGAGUAGGAACAAAAUAAGGUCUGUUAUGAGUUGGUGUUGUGCUUUUUUUGACAGGACCGCAUUAGUUUCAUCAUUUGAUGCUGUAUGUACAAUAUUUAUCUGGUCACAAGAGUAUUUUUUGUAUUCACUAAAAAUAAAACAUUUGAAAGAA